UACAUACUUCGCUUGUCCGGCACGGACUCUGGGUAACCUGGACCGCCUGGACAAUCAGGCCGUCACAGCAUCGAGUACUCGAAGGAAAAACCUCGCUGCUCCUUGCCUCAGUCCGCAUGGUUCCCGCAGCGCGCCGAUUGCACAGAUCGUGUUGUAACUCAGGGUGUGGUGGCCACGCUCGUUCGAUUUCCACGAUAUAACGAUGCGGGGCUUCUGUGUUCCUCGUUUGGCUUGCAAUCUUGCCUUUUCCCCUCUCCCCUUCACCUACUCGACCUCCUCCCACCUUCCUCUUCCCCUCCGCUGCUCAAGUGCUCGCUCCCUACCUCAUUAGACCUGCCUACAAUCUCUGGUCACCCUGCGUCCACUAGGAACCCUCACGAUCAUCGAAGAAUGCCUGCUCAUGACGAUGAUGAUUACAUAUUUCCGGUUCGGAUGCUCAAGCCGCACUCUGGCUAUCCUCUCAAGCCUCCGAAUAGAUUUUCAAGGACCUCGCUCGUCGCCCCGCCUCGGUGUUGCCACGCACACCUGGAAUGGAUGCAGUCUCUGUCCCCCAACGUCCGCUUUCGACCCCGGUCUCCCACCGAUCCCAUCUCGCACAGGAUGGGGGAUGUCACCCAUGAGCCACCACACGUGUUGACCGUGCCGCGCCCAGCAUCCUCGCGACAGCCCCUCGCGAAACUUGUUAUUGAUCAUACAAGAUCUGGACCACCCUCCCCUUCGGGCCUUUCGUCAGACGACUGCGCCGGUGGUAGCCCACCGGCUGGUCUCAGUCCUCGUCUGAAGAGAAGGUCGAAUGUUUGGGCAGCUUUGACUCCAGCAGGGAAAAAGAGGCCAUGCCCUGCGAUCGCUCCAAACUGUCGUCCCAGCUCCCCGUUUAAGGAUCGGCCCGGCUCACCUCUCGGGAAACGUCCAGGAUCACCAGUAUAUUCUCCGUUCUCUCCCUCAGUACCUCUUCAUGAUUUAUGUGCACUGGCAAGUAAUUCUUUGCCAGCUGGCGGUGAUGUGACACCUGGGCAGAUGUCGGACAUAGGCGAGGAGUUGGACUCUUCUGAUCAACUGCUCAUAGCCUCCCUCGGCACUGAUCUCGCUGGCCGGAUCGACUGCGUGGGGAGAUUCCCCAUUGGUGCGGGGGGAUACGGCCAAGUAUAUCGAGGGAAGCUUGACGGUCGAUUUAGUGUUGCUAUCAAAUGGAUGUGGAGUCCUACGUGCGACAUGUCACGGUACAUGCGGAGGGAACUCGAAAUUUCGAUUGGCCUCAAGCAUGAAAACAUCCUUCCUUUGAUCGGUUCAUGUAGACUCGAUGGCCACCCGGUGCUCAUUACACCGUUCAUGAAGUUCGGAGAUAUUUGGAGAUAUCUAUCCGGCAACCAUCACAAAGUGUCUGGUCUGUCCCUGAUCCUGGACGUUGCAUCCGGGCUAGCUUAUCUGCACAGUCAUAACAUUGUGCAUGCAGAUUUGAAACCGUCAAACGUCCUGGUAGACAAACAUCAUCGCGCGUGCAUCUGCGACAUGGGGAUAUCUCACAACCCCGCUGAGCAUCUUUUCACGACCCCGACAGCUCUCGGCUCGUUUCCGCACAUGGCUCCCGAGCUUUUGUUCUUGGACAUUCACGGCCACGGAAUCUCUGAAAUGAAGGUGACCCAGGCGUCGGACGUUUACUCAUUUGGGAUCAUGGCACUGGAGAUCUUGAUCGGAAGGAAAUUAGAAAACAGGUCACGCCGCGGCCAAUUCUACAUUACCGACCAGGAUGACUUGAAGAAGCGCGAGCCCCGGCGUUGUGAUUACCCCCAAGUUCCUGACCAGAUCUGGAAUAUCCUGGUCGACUGCUGGGCGCGAAACCCGGCGUCUCGCCCCACCAUCUUUUGGAUUCGUCAGCAACUCGCUGCCAUUUCAGGCAAUUCGGCAGUCGGGCAGAUCUCUCAUGGCUCUUAGUAGCUACUCUUGCCAUGAUAGACUGUUUAAUGGAAAUCCCCAGUGGGUUUACAAGCCUCGCACACGCCAGCGGCUGCCACAUUAACUUCAGAGUACCUGAUUGAAUUGGGAGAUGCCUCAAAGGCUUCAGAGCUCUCAUUCCUUCAGAAGCCUAGGCCAUAAGAUAUACUAGGAUGAGGUGUUAUUUGUGCCCCAGCAAAUUGA